AUGGCUUGGCAGGCCUGGAACCCUUUUUACAGGAAAGAUGAGAAUACGAGAUAUGUUUAUGGAUAUCAGUUCCAGUGGACGCCGUUACAUCAGACUGCGGAGGAGUUGGAGUCGUUGAAGUUUAGUUAUGAUACCCUUGGCGAGAGGGCGCUAAAUCGGCUUGAUGAGAUUUCACCACCUGCGAGCAGUGGACAUAUUCCGAGGAAUAGGGAGAGGGAAAAGAGUGAUGAGGGUUUUGUUAGGGUGACGAAGACGGAUGGUGGUGGUGGAGGUGAGAAAGUAGGAAGUGAGAAAGAAGAGAGUAAGAAAGAGGAAAAGAAGAAGCGAGAUUUAUAUGAGUUAUUGAAAGACAAUGCGUCCGAGGGAGGUGCUUUAGGGGAGUUAUGGGAUCAAGUGAAUACUGUUCCUGAUUGGGUAGAUUGGGAUCAGAUUUCAAGAGGUCAAGAUGUGUUUUACAGAUAUGGUGGUCCUGCUUUGACAGCUCUUGCAUACCAGAGUUUAUUAGGAGGAAUGGCUGCUAGUAGAGUUACAGAAGUACUUGCACGCACUGGAGGCUUCUCACCUAAUGUUGCGAAACAACGAAUGUUCGAAACAACACAACACAUACUCCAAUGCACCCUUUCCCUCGAAUCCAUCCAACCCGGCGGCGCCGGCUUCCAAUCCACCAUCCGCGUCCGUCUCCUCCACGCAGCAGUCCGUCGUCGCAUCCUCGCCCUCGCCAAAUCCCGACCCUCCUACUACUCCGUCGCAGACUAUGGUGUCCCCAUCAACGACCUCGACAGCAUCGGCACCAUCUCCACCUUCUCCGCAACCCUCGUCUUCUUCGGCAUCCCGCGCCAACUAAUCUGGCUGCGGCCCCAGGAAAUAGAAGACUACGUCGCGUUAUGGCGUCUCAUAGCGUACUACAUCGGCGUCGACUCCUCCUACUUCUCUACCCCUGAGCGCGCCCGCGCCAUCAUGGAGUCAUUGAUGGUAUCGGAAAUCCAUCCCAGUGAGAUGAGUAAAGUAUUAGCGAAUAACAUAAUCACCUCGUUACACACCCAACCGCCUGCUUUCGCAUCAAGACAGUUCCUAGAAGCGAGCGCGCGGUGGAUGAAUGGGAAUCAAAUGGGCGAUGAACUCGGAAUGGGACGGCCUAGUUGGUAUUAUUGGGCUUUGAUGGCUGGACAGUGUGCGUUUUUUUGGGUGGGCAGUUGGUUGAAGAGGAUGAGUCCUAGAAUGGAUGCACAUGGUCUCAAGUCCCUCCGCCACCUCCUGUACCAAAACAUAAUCCACUCCAAAACCUUCGGUCUAGGCACCGAGACCGAUUUCGCAUUCAAAUACAUCCCGUCGUACAACCUCGUUGUCCCUGAUAACGGGGACGAGAUGAGCGGUCUGAUGGUUAAGGGCGUGGAGAGACGGAAUCUAUUGACGCUUGUUUUGGGGGGUGUUUUUGCGGGUGGUGUGUGUUGGGCGUGGACGAGAGGGUUGGUGGAGGUUGUGAGGUGGUGA